CUCCCGGUCUCUCUCCCGGUCCCCAGGCCGCGGGGGGGGCCUCGCUGCCCGCCAACCCUCUGACCCGUCUCUGCUGGCCGCCUCCGCCGCCGGGAUGCUGUGGCUGCUGGUAGCGCUGGGGCUGGCGACCGCCUAUUUCUCCCUGCUGGACGGCUGGUACCUGGUGCGCGUGCCGCUGGCCGUGCUACGCGCUAGUCUGCUGCAGUCGCCCAUACGCGACCUGCUGGCGGAGCAGACCUACGUGGGCCGCGUGCUCCCCUCCGACAUCGACCUACUGCUGCACAUGAACAACGCGCGUUACCUGCGCGAGGCGGACGUGGCGCGCGCUGCGCACCUGACGCGCUGCGGGGUGCUCGGGGCCCUGCGCGCGCUCGGGGCGCACUUCGUGCUGGCCUCCUCCUGCGUGCGCUACCGCCGAUCGAUGAACGUGCUGGAGCCCUUCGAGGUGCGCACCCGCCUGCUCGGCUGGGACGGCCACGCUUUUUACGUGGAGUCCCGCUUCAUCAGCCGCCGCGACGGCUUCUUGUGCGCGCUGCUCAUCUUCCGCCAGCACGUGCUGGGUACCACUCCGGACGAGGUGGUGCAGUACGUGUGCAAGAAGAGGGUAGAGUCACCUGAGUUCUCUCGGGAACUCCAGCAUUGGAUCAGCUACAACGAAGCCAGCAGCCAGAAACUCCGGGCGGAAUCUGGCCUCAGCAGCACCAAGGAUCAGUAACAGACUGACCCCUGUCCCUCCCCUGUUCCUCCCCUGUCCCUUUCCUUGAGGAGGGGAUGUCAUGGUCCCUGUAACUUACUCAUUUAUUUUCUGCACAUUUGCAUUUGUCCACUGGGGCUGGGGAUUCUCAGGAAAGGGAAGGGAGAGGGCAGGGAGACUUCUGUCUGACCCCCUACUUGGGCAGGACCAGAUUUGGGUGAACUGAAGGGAAAGGAAAGGUCAGAGAGGGCUGCCAUCUCCAUUUUGCAGAAAUGGAAACUUAAGACCCAGAGUAUAGGAGCAACUUGACCUGUUUCACAGCAAGUCAAUCCACUGGCGCCUAAGCCUCUCCAUUCCCAUCCCGGGCUCUUUCUGUUACUCUCUGCCUUCUUUCCUUGAUUUCAUUAUUUAUUCCUCCUGUGGGGUUUUAUUCUUAAAGUGAACAACAUACCUGGAAAGCCCCCUCCCUAAGUCGGGGUGGCGGUAAGAGCCCUGCCUUCAAGUCUCAGCUCUUUCAUGAUCUUACUGUAUAACCUAAGAAAGCCCCUUCCUCUCUCUGGGCCUCUGUCUCCCUUUUCAUAGGAUUCAGGGAAUUUGGGGCUGGAAUGAAUCUUAGAGAUGGGCUGCUAGUCCAGCCAGCCUUAGAGCGGGAAAAGGAGAAGGGAAAUAAUUUCUAAAAGGUUGUGCAGGAAGUGAGUAACAGAGCUAGAUUUUUAGAGCUCCUCGUUGUAUACUGUGCUGAGAGGGCCAAGCCGAAGACCUCUUCCCCCCUCAGAUACCCAUGAAGUUGACUUUUCCUACAAGAUGGGCGUCUUUUUGCUCUCUCUACCUUGAGCAGGGGUCCCCAGGUGCCCUGGGGGCCUCUUUGGGAGGAGCAGAGGAGGAAGUAGCGGGAUUGGUGGGGAGCCAGCUCACCCUGCCCUGCCUAGCUUUCUCCUCUGCCCACAGACACCUGAAUGUAGUGACCGGGUCUCUUCUCCUACACAGGCUCCCCCCAAAUCAGCACUUUAUGGAUGAGACUCUUCUUAAAGCAUACUAGAUCUGUGUCAAGGCCUGUACCUUUCUAUCCACAUAUAUCCCCUCUUCUUUGAAGGAGCAGGUGCUGGCAUGUGGCCAGCCAGAACUGGGAGGAGGCAGGUCUCCAGGAAGUGAGCAGGACCGUGACUAAGCCCAGUCUCUGGCUAGCCUCACAGGAAGAGGGGCCCUGAGGGCCCGAGCUGAGCUCUCUUCGCCUCUGGUGCCCGGGCCUCCCCUUCCGCCGUUGCCGUCUCUGCCCGCCUUGUGGCUGCCCCGACAGGUGCCCCAGGGACCCCGAGUCCCAAGCUCUCUUUCUCCUCCUUUGCCCCGGUUGUUCUCAUCCCCUGUCUCAGAAAAGCUGCAAUCUUUUUGUGUUAUGUAAGAGAGAGAUAUUAAAAGACUUAAAAACAAAUA